UGUUGGAGCUGGUGAUGGACUUCAUCAUGGUAGUCAGUAGAGUCCACAUAAGGAUUAGGCUACUGUUAGCCUGCCUUCUCCUUCUCUCUGUCUAUGGACAAACCUCAGGACCAUAUUUCAUGGUGACAUUUCCUGCAGUAAUAGAGUCUGGCUCUGAAGCAAAGUUCUGUGUGAGUCUUCUGAAGCCAAAUGAGACUCUGGAACUAAACAUUUAUCUGAUUCAUAACAACCAGAGCAGAACUCUUUUGCAAGAGACAGUGGAAAAAGAGUUUUACCGCUGUACUCAUUUUGAGGCUCCACAUAUUGCAGGUGAAUCAGUGCAGGACAUCCAAGUAGAAGUCAAAGGUGAAAGUUUUAAGAUGACAGAGAAAAGGAAAGUAAUGUUUAGGUCUUAUGACACAUUGUUUUUUAUUCAAACUGAUAGACCCAUCUACAAUCCAGGCCAAACAGUGAAUUUUAGAAUUGUCUCUAUGGAUUCAAAUUUUAUCCCACUUAAUCAAAAGUACAGCACAGUGAGUCUUCAGGAUAACCGUCAGAAUAGGAUUGGUCAGUGGACAAAUGUAUCCUCGUCAGGUCUGAUACUGCAACUUUCACAUGAGCUUAAUGCUGAGGCUCCACAGGGACAUUAUCAGAUAAUUGCUGACACUGGAAAUAAGUUGAUCAGGCAGAACUUUAAGGUAGAAAAACACGUCUUACCCAAGUUCGAAGUUACAGUACAAGCACCAGAACAACACAGUGUUGGGGAAGAAGAACUCAAGCUAGAAGUUUGUGGAAAGUACACUUAUGGACAACCAGUGCCUGGUCAAGUGGUGGUGCAAAUCUGCAGGAAAUUUAGGCCAAAUUACAUUGGAGAAUCAAUGAUUUCACCCUGCCUGACUCAAACUUUGGAGAUGAGUCAGAAUGGCUGUGCAUUAUUUAUCAUCAAUGUGUCAACUUUCAUGAAUACUGAAUUGGAAAGGCAUUUUAAAAAUCAUCUUAAUGCUAAUAUUACACUUACUGAGGAUGGAACAGAUGUAUCCAUGGUAAAAUCAAAAAUUAUAAAACUUUCUUUCCAAAUUGGUCAAGUUAAAUUGACUGAUAUACCAAAAAAUUUUGAACGAGGGAAAGUUAUAGAAGGAAAGAUUAAAGUUUCUACUUUCAGUGGAACACCAAUUUCAAACAAAACGGUUUAUCUUCUAGAAGGGAAACAAAGGCCUCAAAAGUUACUUCUUAAUCUUACUACAGAUAGUAAUGGAUUGGCAGACUUCUCCAUUGCUUCACCUGAACAACCUACAACAGAGAUUACAUUGCUGGCAAGCAUCUAUCCAGAGCAAAAACACCAUGGAUACAAAAUACCAUUCUUUUCAAACGCUGAUGCGCGUAUACAUCUGCUCCAACCUGCCACACCGCACAGUCCAUUGUUUAGUGAACUAACAAUAGAGAGCUCUGAUGAACCAUUUAUGUGUGGUGCUAAAAGUCAAAUAACCAUUAAAUACUACAUUGUUGGGGAAACUGCUGAAAGUUUCAGUAUCGAUCUUACAUAUAUGGUUUUAUCUAAAGGAGCCAUAGUUCAUCAUGGACAUGAGAAAAUUGAAGUUGAAGAGUCUGCAGAUGUCAGAAGGGGAGAAACAUCAUUUAAACUACCAGUUGUUGUUGAGUUUGCUCCAGUAGUGCAGGUUGUGGUUUACUCUGUCCUGCCCAGUAAGAACGUCUUUGCUGCUAGCAAGAAUUUUGCUGUGGAAAAAUGUUUCAGAAAUCAGGUUUCCCUACAGUUCUCUCCUACAAAUGCAGUUCCUAGUGAGAAAAACACUCUGAAGAUCUCGGCUUAUCCUGGUUCACUAUGUGGCCUCAGUGCUGUGGAUCAGAGUGUGUUCAUCUUGGAGGCUGGAGACCGCCUAAACUCUGACAAGAUAUUCAAGUUAUUGCCAGUGACAUCAGUAUCAGGUUACCCCUAUAUGGUUGAAGAUUAUCUGGACUGCUUGCACGUUAGACCUAAACGGGAUGUUCAAUUUGACGAUGUUUACAAUAAAUUAAAGAGCGUGGGACUGAAGAUGGCAACAAAUUUGGCUGUGAGGCACCCUCAAUGUUUAAUGUUCAAAAAUUUGCGAUAUUUUCUUGGUGAUUCUCAUGGUUACUACAUGUCAAUGGCGUAUGAUCUACUUGAUUCAGAUCCAGUCCCACAAUCAUACAACAUAGGGGAUCCUGAACCCAUUAUAACAGUUCGCAAAUUUUUCCCAGAAACUUGGAUAUGGCAACUUGUUGAAGUUGGAGACUCUGGAUCGAUACAGCUUCCUGUUACUGUUCCUGACACCAUCACCACUUGGGAAACAGAGGCUUUCUGUGUGUCCUCUGUAGGUCUGGGACUGGCUCCUCCUGUUCAGCUCACUGUAUUUCAGCCAUUCUUCCUGGAGCUCUCGUUGCCCUACUCCAUUAUUCGAGGAGAGGUUUUUGAGCUGAGGGCCACUGUCUUCAGUUACCUUUCCAAAUGCAUUAUGGUUAAAGUGACUCCCGCCACUUCCUCAGAAUACACUCUGAAACCUUCAUCUGAUGACGAAUAUUCAUCCUGCUUGUGUGCAAAUGGAAGAAAAACCUUCAAAUGGACUCUGAUUCCUGCUGUGCUUGGAGUCUUGAAUGUGACAGUGAGUGCAGAAGCAGACCAUUCCCAGACUGUGUGUGACAAUGAGAUUGUGAGUGUUCCAGAGAGAGGCCGCAUUGACACAGUAACACGAAGCCUGAUUGUACAGGCUGAAGGAACUGAAAAGACAAAGAGCCAAAGCUGGUUAUUAUGUCCACAAGGGAGCAGUGUUUCAGAGGAGCUGGAGCUAACUCUUCCUGAGGAUGUAAUAAAGGGAUCAGCACGAGCCUCUGUUUCAGUGCUUGGUGACAUACUUGGUCGUGCAUUAAAAAAUCUGGAUGGGCUGUUAAAGAUGCCAUAUGGCUGUGGUGAACAAAACAUUGCACUCCUCGCCCCCAAUAUCUACAUUCUUCGGUAUCUAGAGAACACCGAGCAGCUCACCACAGAAGUCCGUGAGAGGGCUACAGGUUUCCUUAAGAGUGGAUACCAAAGACAACUAAAUUAUAAGCAUUUAAAUGGUGCAUAUAGCACAUUUGGCAAUGGAGAGGAGAACACAUGGUUAACUGCUUUUGUCUUGAGGACCUUUGGCAAAGCACAACGUUACAUCUAUACUGAUCCAGAAAUCAUUAACAGUGCAAAGAACUGGCUAAUAAGUAUGCAGAGACCAGAUGGCUGUUUUACACAACAGGGGAAACUGUUCCAUAACAGAAUGAAGGGUGGUGUAAAUGAUGAUGUGACUAUUACUGCCUACAUCACUGCAUCAUUCCUUGAAUUAGGAAUUACAGUAGAGGAUCCUGUUGUAAAUAAAGGACUGUUGUGCCUGAAAUCUUCUAUUGGUAACAUUACAAAUACUUACACCAAUGCACUGCUGGCCUACACUUUCAGUCUGGCUGGAGAGGGUGAAACUCGAGAGCUCCUGCUAAAAGAGUUGGAUAGUGUUGCUAUUGCAGGAGAUGGUCGUCUUCACUGGACGCAAUCAGCAUUAGAUGACUUUGGCACAUUGUCAGUAGAAAUCAGUUCCUAUGUGCUGCUAGCUGUUUUAAGUACUGGUCAGCUCACUGCUGCUGAGUUGGGAUAUUCUAAUAGGAUAGUCAGCUGGCUGGUGAAGCAGCAAAAUCCCUAUGGAGGCUUUUCAUCCACUCAGGACACGGUUGUGGCCCUCCAGGCUCUAGCUCUGUACUCCACUAAGGUGUUCAGCUCAGAUGGCUCUAGCACAGUAACUGUGACAUCAGCAGAUGGAGACAGUCACAACUUUGAUGUGAACCAGAACAACAAGUUACUGUACCAAGAAAAAUCACUGCGGGAUGUUUCUGGGAAAUACAGCAUCAAUGUGAAUGGCUCCACCUGUGUGUCAGUGCAGACAGCACUUUUCUACAAUGUUCCCACACCUAAUAUCACCAGUACAUUGAGCAUCACAGCUACAGCUGAAGGAAACUGCACAAAACCAUUCGGCCACAUUCUAGCACUUAAUUUCACUGUCACAUAUAACGGUGAGCUAAACAGCACUAACAUGAUCAUUGUGGACAUAAAACUCUUAUCAGGGUUCACAGCAGAUCCUGGUGAACUGAAAAAAGGCAUUUUGGUGGAACGUGUUGAUUCCACAGAAGACCAUCUUAUCAUGUAUAUCAAAGAGCUCCGAAGGAACAUUCCUAUCCACUAUGUGCUGCACAUUAAACAGGUGCUUCCUGUGAAAAAUCUCAAGCCGGCUCAGAUCGAAAUUUAUGAUUACUACCAUACAAGUGACCAGUCAGAGACUGAGUACACAUCCCCCUGUGUGUAAUCUUCCAGAACUGCACAAGAUAUACAGAAAGCUUUGGAUAUUUUCUGUGUUGGUUUUAUAGUGUAAGUUUAUUUUGUUGCUAUUGAAAAACAGAACACCACACAGCCUGCAAGCAUGGCCGGCACCAACCACAACUAAAUCAUGGAACAGUACAUAAAUACACACAUACUGUAAACCUCACAGUUCAGCACUUAAUAUAUAAUCUGUGGCCUGGCUACUAGUUACCAAGUGUUGUAUUUAGUGAUUCUGGUUUUCUUGUACUGUUCAUGCUUAUAUGCUAACUGCCUUAACAUCUGAGUGUUUGAGUUUGCCUUACAAUUUAGAUGAGAUGUGAUUGGAAGCCAUCUAAAUAAAACCGGAUUUCUCACCUGUCA